AUGAUCGAAGUCGCACUCACAGCUUUGGGUCUAAGUACCACUCCCAUGGAAGACGGCGGUAAAAACAUCGGUAUCUCCAUCGAUCAUAACGAUGAUCAACUAAAGUACGAGGAUGGGGAAGAAGUUUCCAUCGAUGAGCAAAAUUACGAAGUCGACGGGAAAACAUACCCGGACGUUAAGAAAGAAGAGCUCCCCAAGCUAAGUAUAGCAUCCGAUAUCCUAGCUGCAUAUUGGUUACGCAGUCCAACUCCUCAAAACCUCAAAUAUUGGUUCGGCCAAGAUGUCACGAAUGAGGACACAGUGCCAAUCAUUAUCAAGAUCCUUUUAGAUCAUGGAUAUACUGAAGGCGUUCCAACUUGGCCGGGAUUACAAUUGAAUAUGCCGAGUGAAGAGACGUUAGUACUCCUGGGCUCGCCCAUCGGUUCAACCGUAGCCUUCUUCCUUAUCCAACACAAGGAAGAACUUGGAUUGAAACAUGUCUCUUCCAUCACCAUCUUCCGUGAUCUCAAGACCGAACCUGAUCAUAAUGCGGAAGUGCAACUUCUGUUUCGUAUCGACGACGUACCUCAAGAUGACAUAUUGCCCGAAGAUACGGAAAUGCUGGAUGAGGGCACAAAAGUAAAACAUACGCGACGCGGUAUCAGGAGGAAAGAUAGCAUGGUAGAUCUGGAUUUGGGACGAAAUCUUAGCAGGGCGCAUGAGAUGAGCUUGGGCGAGCGCGGCGAGACGGUGCCGUACAGCCAUGAGUUCAAGCGGGAAUUAUGA